GUCCCCAUGGAGCCGGCCCCGCCAGGUGAGGCGGCGAUGAAGGCGGCCGAAGCGGACCGCGGGGCGUGGCUGCUCGUGCUCAGCUUCGUGUUCGGGUGCAACGUGCUGCGGAUCCUCCUCCCGACCGUGUCCGCCUUCUUGUCUCGGGUGCUGCAGAAGGACGCGGAGCAGGAGUCACAGAUGAGAGCCGAGAUCCAGGACAUGCGGCAGGAGCUGGCCACGGUGAACAUGAUGGAUGAGUUUGCCAGAUACGCGCGCCUGGAGCGCAGGAUCAACAAGAUGACGGACAAGCUCAAAACGCACGUGAAGGCGCGCACAGCUCAGCUGGCCAAGAUCAAGUGGGUCGUAAGCGUCACUUUCUAUGUGUUGCAGGCCGCCCUGAUGGUCUCGCUCAUCUGGAAAUACUACUCGGUGCCCGUGGCCGUGGUGCCUAGCAAGUGGAUCACCCCGCUGGACCGCCUGGUGGCCUUCCCCAGCCGCGUGGCAGGCGGGGUCGGCAUCACCUGCUGGAUCUUGGUGUGCAAUAAGGUCGUGGCCAUCGCGCUCCACCCUUUCAGCUGAUUGUGGCAGCCGCCGACCUUCUGCGAAAGGAAUUGUGGUUCAGCUGAAAAUGUGACUUAGAUCGGCCUGGGGUUGAUUUUUUGUUUUAAGAACAGGUCAGAAAAGGGGGGGGGGGGCUGGAGUGAUGGGGAGGGUAUUUGUCUGGCACUUGGCUGACCUGGGUUUGAUCCCCAUCAUCCCAUAGGGUCCCCAGAGUACAGAGCCAG